UCGCUCACACACACACAAAUUGCUUUUCUCCGUCUUCCCUCUCUUUUUCUGCUCCUUACCGGAAAUGCCACUUUCUGCUUCUCGCAGUCUUCUCUGAUAAUCCAUCUCUCUCCCUCUCCGCAAAUUACCUUAUUCUCUCUCUCUCUCUCUCUACAUCUCUUUGUGUUUCACAUUUUUCCAUUGUUGAAGGAGAGAGCUCCUUAGUUGUAGGGUCAUGGACGGUGGAGCGCAGUACAACCCUCGCACCGUCGAGGAGGUUUUCAGGGACUUCAAAGGACGAAGAGCCGGCAUGAUCAAGGCUCUAACCACUGAGGUUGAAGAAUUUUACCAGCAGUGCGAUCCUGAAAAGGAUAAUCUUUGUCUGUACGGAUUCCCCAAUGAACAAUGGGAAGUUAAUUUACCUGCGGAGGAAGUUCCACCAGAACUUCCUGAGCCUGCAUUGGGUAUAAACUUUGCUAGGGAUGGGAUGCAAGAUAAGGACUGGCUGUCUUUGGUUGCUGUUCAUAGUGAUGCAUGGUUACUUGCAGUGGCUUUCUACUUCGGGGCGCGAUUUGGUUUUGAUAAAGCUGACAGGAAACGCCUGUUCACUAUGAUUAAUGAUCUACCGACAAUAUUUGAGGUUGUGACUGGAAGUGCCAAAAAACAUGCCAAGGAAAAGUCAUCCGUUUCAAACCACACCGACAACAAAUCAAAAGCCAGUUCAAAAGGGCGAGGAUCUGAAUCAGGGAAGUAUUCCAAACAAGCAAAGGACGAGGAGGAUGAGGGAUUGGAUGAAGAUGAGGAGGAGCAUGGGGAGACAUUGUGUGGCGCAUGUGGGGAGAACUAUGCAUCUGAUGAGUUCUGGAUUUGUUGUGACAUAUGUGAGAAGUGGUUCCAUGGCAAAUGUGUGAAGAUCACUCCUGCCAGGGCUGAGCACAUUAAGCAGUAUAAGUGUCCCUCAUGCAGCAACAAGAGAGCACGGCCUUGAUAUAAGCUGAGAUGUGGGUCAGUUCUCACUCCUUGUAAUUAAAUCGUGUUGGACUUCUAACUUGUCAUUAGCUUAGGCUUCCUUUGCGAUGCCAUGAUGAUGAGGCAUAUGUAUUCAGUACUUUGGGUCUUGUGAACUUGAUAGUGGAGAUAUUUUUUAAUAUUUGAUAGUUUGCAGGUUCUGGACAUGUCUCCAACCUUCAUCCUUUUCUGG